AUGUUUCAGCUUACCUCUCAAAACGGAUCUUUGAUAGAAAAAAAGCCUAUCUAUCUAUCUAUCUAUCUAUCUAUCUAUCUAUCUAUCUAUCUAUCUAUCUAUCUAUCUCAUUCUGUUCGUAGCAAUCUAUCUAUUUAUCUAUCUUAUUCAUCUAUCGAUCUCUUUCUGUUCAUAUCUAUCUAUCUAUCUAUCUAUCUAUCUAUCUCAUUCUGUUCGUAUCUAUCUAUCUAUCUAUCUAUCUAUCUAUCUCAGUCUGUUCAUAUCUAUCUCAUUCUGUUCGUAUCUAUCUAUCUAUCUAUCUAUCUAUCUAUCUAUCUAUCUCAGUCUGUUCAUAUCUAUCUCAUUCUGUUAGUAUCUAUCUAUCUAUCUCAUUUUGUUCGUAUCUAUGUCAUUCUGUUCGUAUCUAUCUAUCUAUCUAUGUAUCUAUCUCAGUCUGUUCAUAUCUAUCUCAGUCUUUUCUUAUCUAUCUAUCUAUCUAUCUAUCUCUAUUUUUCGUAUCUAUCUCAUUUUGUUCGCAUCUAUCUCAUUCUGUUCGUAUCUAUCUAUCUAUCUAUCUAUCUAUCUAUCUAUCUAUCUCACUCUGUUCAUAUCUUUCUCACUCUGUUCAUAUCUAUCUAUAUUUUUCCAGAGGAUGCAGAUUUUCUUGAUUUUGCGAGAGAACACAGCUUUUGCUGA